ACCUCUUUCCCACACAUUUCUUCUACACAUGCAACCUCACACCCUCUUCGUCAAAAAGUAAAAAAAAAAAAAAAAAAUGGUGAAGUUCUCAAAGGAGCUAGAAGCUCAACUCAUACCAGAAUGGAGGGAGGCCUUCGUCAACUACUGGCAGCUCAAGAAGCAGAUAAAGAGAAUCAAGCUUUCAAGAGUUCCCAAGCAACCCCAUCAUGCAAGUGGAGACUUAAUUGGUCGCUCCAUUUUUGAUUCUCUUCACUACCUUGUAAAGAAUAUCACUCGCAACCUCUUAGGUUCCGAGGAUGAUAGCCUGAAUAUCAUUCAGGUUAGUAAAUCAUCUUUUUCGGCUUGUUUUGGUGACAGCGGUGAAGAAAUCUAUGAAACAGAGCUUGCACAGUUAUUUUCAGAAGAGGAUGAGGUACGUGAGUUUUUUGGGAAGCUGGAUGAAGAGCUAAACAAGGUGAACCAAUUUUUCAAGACACAAGAGAGUGAGUUCCUUGAGAGAGGAGAAACCCUGAACAAGCAGCUUCAGAUUUUGCUUGAUCUCAAGCGAAUUAUCAGUGACCGGCGCCGCAAAAAUUCUCCGUCAAAGGCAUAUAACACCGAGAUUUUCCCUCGUUCUCCAGCCCGGGAUUCCGAUUACUCGGGAGAUUCAGAUGAAACAAAUUCAGAAAUUUCACAAAGUACAGAAUCUACAGAAGAAAUAAUCACAACAUUAGAGAAAAAUGGUAUAAGUUUUGUUAAUUCAGCAACGAGGACAAAGACGAAGAAGGGAAAGCCAAAAAUGGCAAUGAGAAUUGAUGUUCCAGCCACCAACCCAACUCGGGCGAUUAAAGCUAUUACUAGCAUGCUGUGGGAGGAUUUAGUGAAUAAUCCAACGGGAGAUUUCAUUCCCAAGAGAAAAAUUCAAUGUGCUGAGAAAAUGAUUAGAAGUGCAUUUGUGGAGCUCUAUAAAGGCCUUGACCUACUCAAAACUUACAGCUCACUCAAUAUGGUAGCAUUUUCAAAGAUCCUCAAGAAAUUUGACAAGGUGUCUUGUCAAAAAGCUUCUGCAAAUUAUCUAAAAGAAGUGAAGAAAUCCCAUUUUGUUAGUUCUGAUAAGGUUGUAAGACUAAUGGACGAAGUGGAAUCCAUAUUCACAAAGCACUUCGCCAACAAUGAUAGGAAAAAGGCAAUGAAGUUUUUAAGACCCAAACAACAUAAAGACUCUCAUAUGGUCACCUUCCUUGCAGGUUUGUCCACAGGUUGUUUUGUAUCCUUGUUUUGUGUAUACGCAAUCUUGGCCCAUUUGUGCGGUAUAUUCUCCCCUAGCAAUGAGCAAGCUUAUAUGCGAACUGUCUACCCUGUUUUCAGUGUGUUUGCAUUGCUAAGUCUGCACUUGCUUAUGUAUGGAUGCAACCUGUUCAUGUGGAAGAAUACAAGAAUCAAUUAUAAUUUCAUAUUUGAAUUCUCACCAAGCACAGCACUCAAGCAUAGAGAUGCAUUUCUUAUAUGCACUACCUUAAUGACAAGUGUGGUUGGGGCAAUGGUAGUACACCUGCUUCUGAGGGCUGCAGGAUUUUCUCCUGGCCAAAUUGAUGCCAUUCCUGGACUUCUUCUUCUGUUUUUCAUAGCACUGCUCAUUUGCCCUUUUGACAUUUUUUAUCGCCCAACCCGUUACUGCUUCAUCCGUGUUCUACGCAACAUAGUCUGCUCUCCAUUUUAUAAGGUUUUGCUGGUAGACUUUUUUAUGGCUGACCAACUAACUAGCCAGAUUCCAUUGCUAAGGCAUUUGGAAACUACAGGUUGUCAUAUUUUUGCUAGAGUUUUUAAAACACACCACCCCGAGACAUGCCAUUCUGGAAGGCUAUAUAUGGAAAUAACUUAUAUCAUCUCAUUUUUGCCAUAUUUUUGGCGUGCUUUGCAGUGUGCAAGAAGGUGGUUUGAUGACGGUGAUGUGAACCAUUUGACGAACAUGGGAAAGUAUGUUUCAGCAAUGGUGGCAGCAGGGGCUAGAGUAACAUACCACAGGCAAUCUAACCAUCUAUGGUUAGCUAUAGUCUUAAUCACUUCUGUGAUGGCCACAUCUUAUCAAUUGUACUGGGAUUUCAUUAAGGACUGGGGAUUUUUUAAUCCCAACUCCAGAAAUCCAUGGCUGAGAGAUGAUCUAAUUCUAAGGAAUAAAAGCAUAUACUACAUGUCUAUUGCCUUAAAUACUGUCCUAAGGGUGACAUGGGUACAGGCUGUCAUGCAUUUCAAAGUGGGGGAUGCUCAAUCGCGGCUACUAGAGUUCUUCGUAGCUGCACUUGAGGUUAUUCGAAGAGGGCAUUGGAAUUUCUAUAGGUUGGAAAAUGAGCAUCUAAACAACGUUGGUCAUUACCGGGCAGUGAAGACCGUUCCACUACCAUUUCGAGAGACAGAUUCUGAUUGAUGAGGUGGUUUUGUUAUACAUUUAAAGAUGUUCUAUUGACAUGCUCACAAGAAAAAGGCAGGGAGUAGCUGGAAGAAAGUCAUCUCCUAAACGUGUGAGAUCACUCAUAAUUUGUCUGAUACUCAAUGGAAGUGUGAAUAGCCACCAAUUGCAAUGCAAAAUAUGCAUCUCAAAUGACAUUUCUCCUGUAAAUUGGAUCUCAAAAUUUGGAUUUCCUGUUCUAUAUCAAUAUCAUCAGUCAAAAAAAAAAAAAAACUUUUCUUUUUUCCUUUUGUUUAGCGUCUAUUUCUCUUUUGUUAAAUUGGUGUAAGCAAUUACAAGCUUGUUUCUCUUUGAUGUAUUGUAAACUGUAAUCAAGAAGAAAAGA